UGGAGGGGUUUCACAUCUUGGUCAUGUCAUGUGACUAAUUAAUUUGUGUAGAAAGUGAUCAUGUCAUGUGGCAGUGGAACCAACAUGGCCGACAUCAUGUGACCCAUAGCUGUAGAUGCAGGGGCUGACGGGAUCUGGGACCAACAUGGCUGUCGUGUAUAGUCAUAUGACGAAUGUGAAGUCUCUGUAAAUGCUGCUUUUCUGUGGAAAUUUGUUUACGUUCACUAUGAAGGUCGGCAAGCAGAGCAAGAGCGGCGGAUGAGCUCCAUGGAAACGCAUGGAGCUGCUCAAGAAUCACUGCACGGCUCUCAACCGCAACUGUCACUGAACAAUGAAAGCUCAACUGCAUAUCAGAUCGCGCCUUCCGAGAAGAGGAAGCAAACGGCACAGACAGAGCAGAGGGCCGUAUGCCGGGCGAAGUCAAGUCAGAUAGUACCGCUGAGUACGCCAAUUGUGUUCACCACACUAACAGCACCAGUGACAUCCAAAGCCAGGCCGAGACAGACAGCACCAAGUACGCCAACAGCGUUUACCACACCAGCGACACCCAAAGCAAAGCCAUGUAAGUCAAAGAAGCAAGCUACAUCGUCUGAGGCAAAGAGUAACACACCCAAACCCAAACCAAGCAAACCAAAGAAGCAAUUUGCAACCCCAGAGGCAACGGAAAACACACCAAAAGCAGCAGCAACGUUGGCAAGAGCAAAAGCAACCAACUGGUCACGAGAUUAUGGAGAGACAGUACCCGGGAAUGCCACCCUCAACAAUGACUUGCAGCACACGACCUCACAUGAUAACGACGACGAUACUGAUGAUGCAACGAGUGACAGCAGCCUUGACGACAGUGAUGCGUGGCCGAGUGACAGUAGUCACGACAACGGUAUCAUUGUACUGAGUGACAGUUCCGAUGACGACAAUUACUCUGACCGAAGCCCUAGCGACAAUGACGUGGCGUCCAGUGACAGUAGCCAUGGGGACAAUGACAUGUUGCCUAGCGACAGCAGUCCUGACGACAAUGGUGUGUUGCCUAGCGACAGCAGUCCUGACGAAGGCGAUAAGGACACGACUUGGGAACCAUCAUCUCCUAUAACUGUCAAGCCCAAAAAGCGAAAGAGUGGUCGGCAAGCAGAGCAAGAGCGGCAGACGAGCUCCGUGGAAACGCAUGGAGCUGCUCAAGAAUCACUGCAUGGCUCUCAAUCGCAACUGUCACUGAACAAUGAAAGCUCAACUGCAUAUCAGAUCGCGCCUUCCAAGAAGAGGAAGCAAACGGCACAGACAGGGCAGAGGGCCGUACGCCAGGCGAAGUCAAGUCAGUCAGUGCCGCUGAGUACGCCAACACCGUUUACCACGCCGACAGUACCAGCAACACCCAAAGCUAAGCCAUGCAAGUCAAAGAAGCAGGCUACAUCGUCUGAGGCAAAGAGAAACACACCCAAACCCAAACCAAGCAAACCAAAGAAGCAAUUUGCAACCCCAGAGGCAAAGAAGAACACGCCAAAACCAGCAGCUACGUUGGCAAAAGCAAAAGCAACCAACUCAUUACGAGAUUAUGGAGAGACAGUACCCGGGGAUGCCACCCUCAACGAUGACUUGCAGGCACUAAACGAAGCCGUGCAGAGCAUCUUUGCGAGCGAACCAGGGGAUUGGAUGCUGGAUAUGACGCCCCACUGUGCGUCUUCCCAAAGCAUCCUGCAGUCGACACUACUGGACCCGACGGCGAACUUCUGCAGAAUCAUGCACACCCACAGGAGACGGGAGUAUAGUAGUCGUGCCAGUAUGAUGAACGAUGUGCGCGAUGUAUUCGCACAGUAUCAACAGUCAUGGCCAUGCUCCCUGGACGUGCAGCUUGCUGACCGGCAGACAGCAGCUGAACAGGACAUGACCUUGUCUCACUAUCACGGGGCCAGUGCAGCGCAGGAAGCAUUUGUUGGGCACUUGGAGAAACACUGUCCGCAGCUCUGCCACCUGUAUGAGCGAGUGCCGUUCUAA